AUGGCUGCUGGCAAAGGAAAUACGGGUAAGAAGUCGGGAAAGACCGGCAAUGCCGGCUCUUCUGGAAGCUGGAAAAGAACCCCCAAAAAGCAGGAAAAAACCCCGACGCUCAAGCAGAGGUAUGCCAGUCAGAACAAGAUCAUCACCGCAGACCAAGUGAAAUGGAAGUCUGUCGACAUUCCAGACAACCUUGGAGACUACAGCGGUUUUUUCGGCUUGGAGGAGUUGGAGGGUGUGGAUGUCCGUAUGGUCAACGGCGCUCCUGAAUUCAUUGCCAAAGAGACCGAGGACGACGGAAGCAUUGCUAAGAGAGACGCAGAGGAAAACAAGCCUGAGCCCAAGAAGGGAAAGAAAGAGGCCCAAAAUGACGAACGCGAGCAGCCACAAGAAAAAGAUGAAUUUACGGGUUUUGAGGAUCUGGAGCCAGUCCACAACGACACACAGAAAACACAAGAAUUGGACGAGCUCAGGUCCAAUGCUUUCACGGGCUUGGACACGGUCCUUCCCGACGAAAACGACAUCGACUUGCCUCUUUGGGCUUCUUUGCCGCUUAGCUCGUACACCUUGAAUGGGCUCCAGGGAAAUGGCUUCACGCAGCCCACGCCUAUCCAAAAAGAAACCAUCCCUUUGGCUCUUAGUGGUAAGGAUGUCAUUGGUAAGGCCACCACCGGGUCCGGUAAGACUUUGGCGUACGGGAUUCCGAUCUUGGAGAGGUAUCUCUCCAAGCUUUCUGCGGCUCUAACGGCCGGGAAACCAGACACCGUCUCACCUCCCUCCGGGAUCAUUUUCGCUCCUACAAGAGAGUUGGCUCACCAGGUGGUGCUCCACAUGAACGAGAUUUCCAAGUACUCGCCGCUCGCACAGAACGGAAUUGUGUCCAUCACCGGUGGUCUUUCUGCGCAGAAACAAGAAAGAUUGCUAUCAUACGGCCCGGGUGUCAUUGUAGCAACUCCUGGGAGAUUCCUCGAGCUCAUCGAGAAAAGCGAGGAUCUUCUUAGGAGAAUGGCUGCCACCGACAUUGUUGUUUUGGACGAGGCAGACAGAUUACUUCAGGACGGGCAUUUCGAGGAGUUCGAGAAAAUCUUGGAACUCAUGGAGAAGUUCAGGUCCAAGAAAGAAUACGGCUGGAGAUGGCAAACUUUGGUGUUCUCCGCCACGUUCUCGCGUGAGUUCUUUGGAAAGCUCGACCGCACCAACAAAAAGGACAAUUCGUCGGCCACCACGGGGCUCAUUGGAAACGACGAGAUCCUCGAGCUCUUGAAGAAAAAGCUCAAGUUCAAGGACCCUCGCCCUUCUCUCUGUGAUGCCAACCCCAAGGAAAUCGUCUCGGGCCAGGUCACCGAGGCGCUUGUGGAGUGUGGGCCAACCGAGCGGGAUUUGUAUAUCUACUACUUUGUGCUCACGUAUCCAGGCUCGACCCUCGUCUUUGCCAAUUCGGUGGAGUCCGUGAGAAGACUUGUGCCUCUAUUGGAGAACCUCAACAUCCCGGCGUUCUCCAUCCAUUCUGCUAUGAUGCAGAAACAAAGAUUGCGUGCUUUGGAGCGCUUCAAUGCUUCCUGUGCCAAAAACAAGAGCUCAGUGCUCAUAGCCACGGAUGUCGCCGCCAGAGGCCUCGAUAUCCCUAACAUCGAUCACGUGGCUCACUACCAUUUGCCCCGUUCUGCUGAUAUCUACGUGCAUCGGUCCGGAAGAACUGCUCGUGCAGGCAAGGAAGGUGUGUCGGUGAUGUUCUGCUCGCCACAGGAGGCCUCGGGUCCUUUGAAAAAGCUCCGAAAGCUCUUGGCUUCCAGCGCCGAAAAGACAAAACUCAACACGAGAGCCGACGUCAAAUUGCUUCCCAUCGAUCUCGACAUUCUCUCCCAGAUCCGUGAGAGGGUGCAGUUGGCCGGCAAAUUGGGCGACUCUUCCAUUGCGGGCACCGCCACAAGAAAGGAAAGCUCUUGGCUCAGGCAAGCCGCGGAGGACUUGGGCAUCGAAAACCUCUCUGAUGUGGACGACUUUGAGGAUGACGUGAUCAAAAAGCAAAGAGAGCGGAAGCAGCGGAAGCAGCUCACCAGAGAGCAACAAAAAGAGCUCCGGUUCCAGCUCAAGCAGCUUUUGGCCAAGCCCUUGCGGAGCAACCACAGGCGUUCAUACAUCACCAGUGGAUUGGAAAACUUGGCCCACCAGAUCGUGUCGGGAAACACGUCCGACACCAUUUUGGGCAAGAAGCUGGUCAAGGCUUUGGACGAGCUCCGAGGCCUGCGCAACAGAGUGAGUAAGAAGCAGUAG